UUUGCGGCCGUCAAGGUAGGAGGGAACCUCCGAGUUCUCCUCGGAGCGUAAUCGAGCCGGAGGAGGCGGAAAAGAGAGGCGAGAUCGAGCGCGUACCAAACAUACACGAGCACCAUCGCACACGCGCGCAACAAAUGUUCGCUUUUAAGUGUUCUGUGCUCUGAAUGGGGAUCCAAAAACCACGUUUCUCCACGUUACUCUCGAUUCUUAACAAAUAUUUUUCGCACCCGAACAGGAAUUUCAUCGCCUCGCUGACAAUGUGCGAUCGUUUACUACGGAGGAUUUCAUGCGAUUUUAUCGUGACGCCAAUUUUUAUUAUAUCACGAACAUUUAUAUGCGCUUAUAAUAUUUUUUAAAGUCGAACUUUCUAUCUAUUUUGCGAGAUACCGAUCAAUUUAUGGUAAAAGGUAAAGGUUCGACCCGUCGAAAUCUGAUCGUAUCGCGUGACAGAGCCAGCAUACAUUAUAAUCACGGGUAACUGCAUAGCAAAUUUUGUUUUCGAUCUAGGAAACAAAUAGUGCCGCGAGAGGUGUGCUGCCAUCAGUGGUGCUCAAUACCAGUGGGUCAAAGUAAAGGUACAGUAGACGGGUGCAGGGGCAGCUGAUCGAGAGGGAACGGGACGGAGAAUCGUGCAGGGACAAGGAGAGGAGGAUCGUGUGUACGUAGCGUCGGAAGAGUGUACCGGACCGCUAGUGUUGUGACGGCGAUCGUGCCCACGACUUCUCUGCCGGACUGUGUUCCGUCAUUUCUGUUUCCCCUUCUUUCUGUCUAUCUGUCUCUUUUUCCUUCGAUCCAUUCUUUCUCACCCCUUUUCACACUCUCGAUCUCUUCCAUGUUCUUACCUUUCGAUUCAUUUUCCUUCACCCUUUUACUUUUAUUUCUCUGCUUCGAUUCUUCUGUCCCUCCCCUCUUCGUCCGUUGACUCGCCCUCUCCAUACCCGAGCGUAUCGGGACCCUCCCUCGCCGAGUCGCUCGCGCGUUUUCGUGAUCCGCGCCCGACACUUCCGGCGAAAAGUGAGCCGUUAACCGAAUCCACCGGAGUACUCGAUGAAUAACAGACUCUGGAGAACACCGGAAAAGAGGAAGCAAGAGGAGGUGUUUCUGGAUUGUGUGACGCAUCCGCGAGAUCGUUUGUGCGGAGAAGGUGCGCGCAGGUGUUUCGGAAUAGUGCGGCACGACGGCGGCAACCACGUGUCUUUGGCGACGGAAGCGACGGCUCGCGAUUACGUUGUGACGGUAUAAAGAACGGAAGCUUUUCGAUUCCAUUGGUUGUCGCGUACAUAUUGUAAGGUGCAUUUCCGGCCCAGCAGGAACCAUGCGCUAUUCAUUGGUGCUUCAAGCGUUCAUCGUCGUUGUACAUAUUGUACCCGAAGCGCGGCUUCAUCGACCAUCAAACGUCAGGGGUAUAUACACCCUCGAGAAACAUGUCCACGGUCACGAGAUCGUGAUACCACGAAAAGUGACCCACCUGGGUGAACUUAUCUCGCACAACGUGACCCACCACCAUCACGAGGAUGGACCAGUGGUCCACUAUCGAUUGUCGGUCGCUGGUAACGAGUACCACAUCGAGCUGACUGCCGUGGAAAACUUUAUCGGAGCUGGUAUGGUCGUUGAAAGGAGAAAAAGGGACGUACAUGUGCGCAGUCGGCCAAAAAAUCGGUCGAGCAAGUGCCAUUAUCGGGGCUUCAUUCAGGGACAUACGAAUUCCCAAGUUGCUUUGUCCGCCUGCGAUGGUCUGGCGGGCAUGCUGCGCGGAGACAACGGCGAGUUCUGGUUGGAACCAGUCGCAGUGUCCCCGGAAGAAGAACGGGUAGGACUGGAGGAAAGACUGGAGGAAGACGCCGGCGCCGAGGGUCGUUCUUUGGACGGAGUGCACCGGAACUCGCUGGUCGGUAGGCCGCAUCUCGUGUUCCGUAGGUCUAUCGAGCAGCCGCAGCUCGAAAUCGGCGCCGCAGGCGGUACCAGACGCCGACGUAAAAAGAAGAGAAAACUCGAGAGAAACUGUGGCACUCGCGAACCUAGACGAUUGACGGAAACGAGGCUCGAAUGGCAAACGCAGCCAGGCCUCGUUCAGGUUCAAGGGCGAGGACGAAGAAAACAACAUCAGACGAAACGAUGGCAGCGUACCAGGAGAUCGAUCAGUCGACCUCGUCACGUUGAGGCUCUAGUUGUCGCUGACACGACGAUGAUGGCUUUCCAUCAGGACGGAGACGUCGAGACGUAUCUGCUGACCAUCAUGAACAUGGUGUCGUCGCUCUACCUGGAUCCUACCAUCGGGAAUUUCAUCAACGUCGUCGUAGUCCGAAUAAUUCUCGUCGAGGAGGAUGAGGCAGAACAUUCAUGUUUAAGCGGUCGAAGAGCGGUCCAUGCUAACGUUUCUUUUCAGCAAGGACUGGACAUCACGGUGAACGCGGACCGGACGUUGUACAAUUUCUGCAAAUGGCAACAGAAGCUAAACCCUGCGGACGACUCCCAUCCGAAUCACCACGAUGUGGCGAUUUUGGUGACAAGAGAGGACAUCUGUUCAAGAGCCAACACACCGUGCAGCACACUGGGAGUAGCCCACGUAGCUGGCAUGUGCCAGCCUGAUCGUAGUUGCAGCGUCAAUGAAGACAAUGGGAUCACUUUGGCGCAUACGAUCACGCACGAAUUAGGACACAACUUCGGGAUGUACCACGACACGGAGAAAAUAGGUUGUAGCAAACGAGACGGCGAUACCUUGCACGUGAUGACGCCAACAUUCGAGGUGGACACAAUUGGCGUCGCUUGGUCCAGAUGCUCCAGGAGGGAUAUUACAAAUUUUUUGGAAAAGUCAAGAUUCCUUAAUAAAGUAGCCAUCGAUUUGAAAGAAAAUCAUCAGCGCGUGAAUCAUCAAGAGCAGGAUCGUUCUUUCAGUCAGGGAAAGGGAGUGUGUUUGGAAGAUGAACCGGCAGACAACGAUUACGCGUAUCCUGAUUUACCACCCGGCGCGAUGUACAACGCGGAGCAUCAGUGCAGACUUCAGUUUGGCGUCAGGGAGGCUUCCGUUUGCUCUCCGUUGCAGGAGAUCUGCUCGAAAUUAUGGUGUAUCGUCGACGGUACUUGUACCACUAUGCUUCAUCCGGCUGCUCCAGGAACACAUUGUGGAAAACACAUGUGGUGUCAAAAUCAAGAAUGCGUACCAAUCGUGGACAGACCACGACAAAUUGACGGUGGUUGGGGCGAAUGGGGUUCGUGGAGCGAGUGCUCGCGAAGCUGCGGUGCCGGUGUCUCCAUCGUGGAGCGGAAAUGCGAUCAUCCGGAACCAGCGCACGGUGGGAAAUUUUGCAUCGGCGAGAGACGGCGCUACAAGAUUUGUAACACGCAUCCAUGCCCGGAAGGCACGGCCAGCUUCCGAGCAAUCCAGUGCAGCAACUACGACGGCAAGGAGUAUAAAGGGAAAAACUACACCUGGUUGCCGUAUUUCGAUCAGACGGAACCAUGCGAAUUAUACUGCACCGACACAGAGGAGAGCGUAAUCGUGCCAUGGGGCGAAGCUGCUCUCGACGGUACGCCUUGUAACGUCGGCACCAGAGACAUGUGCAUCGCCGGAAUCUGUCGGAAAGUCGGCUGCGACUGGACCGUCGAUUCGGAUGCCACGGAGGAUCGUUGCGGUAUUUGUCACGGGGAUGGAACGCAGUGCGAAACAACGGGAGGAGUUUACGACAAAAACGAUGGCCCCGGGUACAAGGAGGUCGUCGUCGUUCCUUCUGGCUCGAGGAACAUAAAGAUCGAAGAGAUUGGCAACAGCAAGAAUUAUAUCGGAUUAGGAGUACCUAACUCUGACAAGUAUUUCCUCAAUGGGAAACGGCAGAUCACCUUAGCAGGGGAAUAUGAAGUUGCUGGCACCCCGGCUCUCUACGAACGAGAUCGUGAUAGGGAAAAGGUUCGAAUUCCUGGACCUAUUCGAGAGGACAUCGCAGUUUAUUUGAUUUCCAGAGGGUACUAUCGUAAUUUCGGUUUACGGUACGAAUACACCGUACCGAAGAAAGAACCUGAUCGAGCACCGGAGUAUUCUUGGUUAUUUUCCGACUGGUCACUAUGCACGGCCACUUGCGGUGGUGGUACGCAAACCUCGAAAGCGGUUUGCAACGAAAAGAAGAGCGGAAUUGUCGAGGACCACUUUUGCGAUGGUAUCGAGAAGCCUGAAUCGAUUUUGCGGGAAUGCAAUCUGAACCCUUGCCCUGCCAGGUGGUGGAUCGGCCCAUGGCAAAUGUGCCCGGUAACGUGCGGGGAAGGAGCGCUUCGAAAGCGCUCUGUGAUGUGCGUUUCUUCGGGGAUGGGCCCUGAUCGAUCCGACUUAGCCUUACCCGACAGAGAUUGCAACAGAGACGUGAGGCCCGAAGAAGUCGGUCCGUGUCCCAACUUACCGCUCUGCAGCUCCACCGAACCACCUUUGAUCGUGUAUGCCGACAACAAGGACGCCUCAUUCUAUAACGUAAGCUCGAAUGAUCAGGACGGCAUCACGAUCGUCGACGGAUUAACCACCGAGGAACCGGAAAUCCUCGAGUUCGAUAACGUGGUCGAUGAGAAUCCGGACAAUUCUAUGUACAAUACGAAGUCGAAAUGGAUCGUUUCGAAGUGGAGCCACUGCACGAAUGGGAAGAGAAGCAGGAAGGUUAGCUGCUCGGUUCAAGGGGACUGUACUCUCGAGAACAAACCCAUCAGCGUCGAACUCUGCCAAGGUGGUAGAUGGGUUACUGGAAGAUGGGGAUUUUGCAAUGCAACUUGCCUCGUAAGAAUCGGCAUUAAGCGUAGGGAAGUCGAAUGUCGUGAUCGUAUAACGGAAUUGCUGUCCAAUGAUUGCAACCUCGAGAGAAGACCAAUCGAGACGAGACGUUGUUAUCAUAGGAAGCAAUGCACGAACGAUAAAUCCGAAUGUAAGGACACCAUAGUACCAGCCUCGAUGUGUGCAACUUAUAAACGUAUGUGCCACGUUUCAUCGAUUGUACAGGAGAAAUGUUGCGCCACGUGCUCCAAAAAGCGAAGACACGGCCGUCACAACAGGAGACAUCUCGGCGAUUGACUUAACCAGAAGUGCAAAGUAUAUAUUAAAGUAGUAAUAAUUAUGAUUCCCGGUAUCAUGUUUGAUGGACGCUUGUAAAUCUAAAUAAGAUUUAGAUAUAAAAUCGAUAAUUGAAAGUACAAGUUUAAAGAGAUUUAAAGUUCUGAAGCCAUAACUAUUACUUCUUUAACGCCAUAUAAUAUCAACGAAUCUCGAUAUAAUUACGAGAAGAACGCUUUCCGUGAAACAGGGUCCGUCCUAGUUCCGUACUUGUUUGCGAAACAAGUUCGCUGAACAAUAAUACAAAAGUACUCGUGAUACUGUGAAAUUUUUAACGAACUUCGAAGGAACUGAAAAAGAAACGAAAAAGUUACGAAAGAAAUAGAUAAGAUACUGAAAAUUAAACAUUCCAAUAUAAAUGAUAUUGCAUUUGUGAUUCUGAAUGAUAUGCUAUAAACUGUAAUUGUUCUUAAAUACCUUACUGAAAUGUUGAGUACAUAUAGUAUGUAACUUAGCUGUAUUAAUGCUGUAGAUAAAUCUAAGACAAGCGUUUUGUAAUUUUUAUAGUUCUAGUAAUUUAACGGUGCAAAUAAAUGAAUUAAUAAACAUUUGCAAAGUA